AUGGAGGAAGAGGAUCUGAGGGAGCAGGAAGUAGUGGGACCCUGGAGGAGAUCAGACAAGAGAGUUACAGUAAUCGAGACGGGAAAGAGAGAGAGAGAGAGAGAGAGAGAGAGAGAGAGAGAGAGAGAGAGAGAACAAAGAAAGGAAGGAAGGGAGAGGAGAGGAAAGGAAAGGAGAGGAAAACAGGGAAAACAGGGAAAACAAAAAGAGGAGGUAAAAGAGGGGAGAUGA